GCCGCCACUGUCGUCGCCAGGGGCAGCUGGGCUCCUUGCUCCUCGCAGCUAAAAGGAGGUGUCUCCUAUUACUCCCUCGCCUCCCGGUCCCUUCCUUAAUGGAUGAAAAGUACCCCUCCCUCUACUCCUGCUGUACCUAAGGACAGGACUCUGAGGAGUACUCUUGCUCCACCGAUUAAACUCUUAGCAGCAACUUCAAGAAUCAUUUUUCCAUAAGGGCCUGGGAGGAAUUCUGGCAGAAGAGUAAAGUCGAAGUUCUUAGAAGCUCUGAGAAAUCAUGGGCCAUACAGUAAGGGUCGAAAUGUUAAAAGGCCCACACUUCUUGAAAUAAACAGAAUGGUCCUGAGUGGGUUGCAACUGUUUUGGAAAUAGCUUUGUGAAAAGAGGUUGGAGAUCCACUCAAAAUUCUACGGUAGAGAAACUGAAAAGACAUCUCAUUUCAUUGCUCGGCAGACUGCUCUCCAGAAUGUUGAGAUUGCCCGAGAAGUGACCCCAGCAAAAGAAAAAUAUUGCUCUACCUGAAUUCAAACGACAUUCUUUGUGGUGCCAUAGCACAUGGAUUUCAGAACUGCCUGUGAGGAGACAAAGACAGGAAUUUGUUUGCUGCAGGAUGGUAACCAGGAGCCUUUCAAAGUCCGGCUGCACCUAGCCAAAGAUAUUUUGAUGAUCCAGGAACAGGAUGUGAUAUGUGUGUCUGGUGAGCCUUUCUAUUCUGGUGAAAGAACGGUGACCAUCAGAAGACAAACAGUAGGAGGAUUUGGAUUAAGCAUAAAGGGAGGAUCAGAACAUAACAUUCCAGUUGUCGUUUCAAAAAUCUCCAAAGAACAAAGAGCGGAACUUUCGGGACUACUCUUUAUUGGAGAUGCAAUUCUACAGAUAAAUGGCAUUAAUGUGAGAAAAUGUAGACAUGAAGAAGUGGUUCAGGUUCUUCGGAAUGCUGGAGAAGAAGUGACUCUAACAGUGUCAUUUUUAAAAAGAGCACCUGCUUUCCUCAAACUCCCAUUGAAUGAAGAUUGUGCAUGUGCUCCAAGUGACCAGAGCAGUGGCACCUCCUCUCCUCUCUGUGACAGUGGCUUACAUCUCAACUACCACCCCAAUAAUACAGACACAUUAUCAUGCUCGUCGUGGCCGACAUCUCCAGGCUUGAGGUGGGAGAAGCGAUGGUGUGACCUCAGACUGAUCCCUCUACUACAUUCGCGCUUCUCUCAGUAUGUGCCCGGCACAGAUUUGAGUCGGCAGAAUGCCUUUCAAGUCAUUGCUGUGGAUGGGGUCUGCAGUGGGAUUAUUCAGUGCCUCUCUGCUGAAGACUGCGUUGACUGGCUACAAGCAAUAGCAACUAAUAUUUCAAAUCUCACAAAGCACAAUAUUAAAAAAAUCAACAGAAAUUUUCCUGUAAACCAGCAGAUUGUCUACAUGGGCUGGUGUGAAGCCAGGGAGCAAGACCCACUUCAGGACAGAGUGUACUCCCCGACCUUCCUGGCCCUGAGAGGCUCAUGUCUCUACAAGUUUCUGGCACCUCCAGUGACCACCUGGGACUGGACGAGAGCAGAGAAAACAUUCUCAGUUUAUGAGAUUAUGUGCAAGGUCCUCAAGGACAGUGACCUGCUGGACCGACGGAAACACUGCUUCACCGUGCAGUCUGAAUCUGGGGAGGACCUGUACUUCUCAGUAGAGCUGGAAAGUGACCUCGCCCAGUGGGAAAGAGCGUUCCAGACAGCAACCUUUCUAGAAGUAGAACGGAUACAGUGCAAGACCUAUGCAUGUGUGCUAGAAAGUCAUCUAAUGGGACUCACAAUUGACUUCAGCACAGGAUUUAUCUGCUUUGAUGCUGCAACAAAGGCUAUCCUUUGGAGGUAUAAGUUCUCUCAGCUUAAAGGUUCUUCAGAUGAUGGCAAGAGCAAAAUCAAAUUUUUGUUUCAGAAUCCAGAUACUAAACAGAUUGAAGCAAAGGAGUUGGAAUUUUCUAAUUUAUUUGCUGUUCUUCACUGCAUUCAUUCCUUCUUUGCUGCCAAGGUAGCUUGUUUGGACCCUCUAUUUUUAGGCAAUCAAGCUACUGUUUCUGCUGCUGCCAGCUCUGCUACCACGAGCAAAGCAAAGUAUACAACUUGACAUACUGAGCUCUGCGUUGACACGCACCAUGACUAUAUAAGCAGAAUACAUUUACUCAUCAUUUAGACCCUAGAGAAACCAUAACAUCACCAAGUCGGCAGUGGAGGCAAAUCGAAAUUUUGGCAGGAAAAAGAAAGUCAUGUGGAACCUCAAAAACGCUUCCAUUCUGGAUGACAUCUGUGAAACAUACUAUAUGAACAAAACAGUUCAGUUGCUUUGUACCAGUAAGUAUACUGCUUUCACCAAAACUGGAGACAAAAAUGAAUUAUCUGAAGAAAUAUGUAAGUAAUAUAAAAAUAGUAAGCUACCUAUAAAUAAAAAUACUUGUUAAAAGAUUACUUCUGUAUUUUAGAUUAUUUUGUAUGACUAGUACAUGUUGGGCAGAGUCAUAAACAAAGCCCUAUCAUUGUAUUAUGAGGGACAUAAAAGAGUUAAAAUCCAUAAAUCAGCAAGGAGCAUGCAAAAAAAUCACAUCAAAGAAGGAUGCACUUUAAUUUGCUGAUGUAAAUUUGCCCUCGUGUUCUCAUCCCAUGAUUUGACACUGGCAGUCCAAUUGUUUUUAUCUUAUUGUAAAUAUUCCAAAGAACUUCAGAAAGAUAAUUACUUUGACCCAUGAUAGAUACAAUGUGGAAUGGACUAUUCUCCCUUCGAUCACUGUUAUUGAAAUGUCUUAUUAGCUGCCAAAGUCAAUCAAGUAUGCCAAUAAUGUAUUAAUUUAAUUAUAAGUGAUGGAAAAUUUCAUGAACCUCUCAUUUCUUCUUUGGUUUUAAAUAGAUUGAUAUUUUACCUAAGAAGAUUUAUUAUCAAAUUAAAGUUUCAUAAAUUUUCAGUGAACCCAAAAACUUUAGUAGAGAAAAUAAUAUAAACAAAUGUGGUGUGAGAAGCAAUUCUUUGUAAUCUGAAGUCUACUAGCUAAUCAUGAACUAAAAUGUCCCUCGAAAGCAGUCCCAAAUCUAUUAUAUAUGCUAAUUAAAUGACAUUUUUCCAUUUUAGUACUAUUUUAUUAGAAACAAAGGUUAUAGUUAAAGAUAAAAGUUAAAAAUCUUUAUCCUCCCUUUUCAUGGAAAGUGAUUAAGUAAUGUCAACUAUGCAGGUUAUUUUAGAUAUUUUGUCCUAAGAAUGUGAAUGUGAAAGGCUGGGAAAUUUGAAAGCCUUAGAGGUGUGCAAUUUACUGAGAUUCCAGGUAUUAUACAACUACUUGUAUAACAUGGAAAACAUUCUCUAUCCUUUAGUACAGCUUUUUUUGAGAUAUUUUUAAAAGUCAACUGUGUAUG